UCCAUUGAGAAGAAGAGGGAAAGAUGGCGUCCUCUAACAAUCCUCGCAAAUUUAGCGAAAAAAUCGCUUUGCAUAAUCAGAAACAGGCGGAGGAAACCGCUGCGUUUGAAGAAGUGAUGAAAGACCUGAACAUCACCAGAGCCGCGCGGUUGCAGUUACAGAAGACCCAGUAUUUGCAACUAGGGCAGAAUCGUGGACAGUACUAUGGAGGCUCACUGCCCAAUGUCAAUCAGAUUGGAAAUGGCAACAUUGACCUGCCUUUUCAGAACUCUGUGCUGGAUACCAGCCGGACAACCAGGCACCAUGGGCUGGUGGAGCGUGUUUACCGUGACCGGAACCGCAUCACAUCUCCUCACCGCCGGCCGCUGUCAGUUGACAAACAUGGACGCCAGAUUGACAGCUGUCCUUACAGCUCAGUUUACCUCUCCCCACCGCCAGACACGAGCUGGAGAAGGACAAAUUCGGACUCUGCCUUACACCAGAGCGCCAUGAAUCCGAAGCCCCAGGAGGUGUUUGCAGGGGGAUCACAGGAACUGCAGCCUAAACGAGUACUGCUGCUAACAGUGCCUGGGACGGAGAACUCGGAGUCAAAUGCAGACAAGGAUGCGCAGAAACAGUUAUGGGAUGACAAGAAGGAUGAUUCAUCAAAGCCCAACACAUGUGAUGUCCCGGGAAUCAAUAUAUUCCCAUCACCAGACCAGGAGUUGAACCCGUCCGUGCUCCCAGCUGCACACAACACCGGUGGUUCGCUGCCUGAUCUGACCAACAUCCAGUUCCCUCCUCCAUUGUCCACUCCACUGGACCCCGAGGACACCGUGGCCUUCCCCUCCCUCAGCGCAUCCAACAGCACGGGCAGCCUGACCACCAACCUCACCCACCUGGGCAUCAGUGCUGCCAGCCAUGGGAUCCCCACCUCCUCUCAGCCCACCAUGACUGUCACAGCACAGCGCCGGCAGCCCCCCGUUGUGCCGCUCACCCUCACCUCGGACCUCCAUCUUCAACAGUCCCCACAGCAGCUUUCACCCACCCUCUCCUCACCUGUUAACAUCACACAGGCCUUGCCAACAGAGUCACUGACCCUGGAGCAGCAGCUCUCCCAGUACCCCCUGUUCAACCAGCUGACGGCCCAGGCCCAGGCUCAGCUGCUCAGCGACCUCCAGAAGCAGCAGCAGGCUCUGCCACAGGGCAUCCAGCUCAUCACCUUGCCAACACUGGCUUCCCCUGGUACCACCGCCACUGCCAGCAGCCCCUCCCCAGACAGCCAGAGCCAGACCACCGCCAGCAUCAGCAUUGGCUCGUACCGCAAUCAGACUGGCUCACCAGCCACUCAGUCUCCAACCUCCCCAGUCUCCAAUCAAGGCUUCUCCCCCGGCGGCUCGCCUCAACACAUUCCCGUGGUGGGCAGUAUAUUUGGCGACUCCUUCUAUGAUCAGCAGUUGGCUUUGAGGCAGACCAAUGCGCUCUCUCAUCAGCUGGAGCAGUUCAACAUGAUCGAGAACCCCAUCAGCUCCACCAGCCUUUACAACCAGUGCUCCACCCUCAACUACACACAGGCGGCCAUGAUGGGCCUCACCGGGAGCAGCCUACAGGACUCGCAGCAGCUUGGCUACAGUAGCCACGGCAACAUCCCCAACAUCAUCCUAACAGUCACAGGUGAGUCUCCGCCGAGCCUCUCCAAAGAGCUCACCAACUCUCUGGCGGGCGUUGGUGACGUCAGCUUCGACGCAGACUCUCAGUUCCCUCUGGACGAGCUGAAGAUCGACCCGCUCACCCUGGACGGACUGCACAUGCUCAACGACCCCGACAUGGUGCUCGCCGACCCCGCCACCGAGGACACGUUCAGGAUGGACAGGCUGUAAUGGGAGAAGCUGGCUGAGAACAAGAAGAAAAAAAACACACUAACUCGUGGAUGGAGAGAAACAAAGGGCCGGAUGAACCCUCUCCCUCGUUGCAUGGCCGUCCAGCUGUCCGACCUUGCCCUCGACUCCGUGAAGCCCUUUGAAACGAUGUGCCACCAAAAGACAACAGGGAAAAAGACAUCCAGUGGCUUGCCAGGGAAUGGCCUCGCUGUCGUUUUGAAUGAAAUUCGUCGCUCAGCGCUUUCGCUAGCCUGCUGUGUUUACAGUGUACCAUUACAUGCCACAUAUAUUCCAGAAACGCACAUUUGACUAUGUUUGGUUUUUUUUCUUUUCAUAUCCACUUUAAUAUUUGUUUUGUUGAUAUUUGCUCGUAGCAGGAAGCUGCUAGGACAUUGGGCUAAACCGUACCCGUUCUCAUGGCUGUAUAAAAAACAAACAGAAAAACACCACAGCCGGUUUGCUUGUACCCUGCAAUCAAAUGAAUCGGUUUUCCCAUCAUGCCGUAACGGCUUUCUAUUUCACACUCAAAGCUUUAUUUUUGAGAACCAAAUGUUAUUUUCAUCAUGUACUGUAUGUUUUGAUGCUUUGUGUAUUUACAUGUUCUAUUUAUUUAUUUAGUUAAAGAUUUUAUAUUCCAUUUCAUAAUUUAAAUUUGAUGCCAAAAUGCUCUCUGUAGGCAUAGUGUACAAUUGCACUGAUGUAAUUUGUGUCUAUUUAUUAAUUACUAACAUAUUUAUAUAUGUGUUUGUUAAGCUACUUGGUUAAUGAAGGAGUGCAAAACCUCCCCAUAGUUGCUCUUUGGUGUUCGAUGUGCCAUUCUCUGAUGUAGGACGUGGUAGACGUUGCCAUGCUGCAGCCCAACGGUCAAAUCUAAAUAUCGUAUUUUUUAGCACAGCUCCAGAAAAUGCUGCGUGCUCCAGAAAUGGGUUGGUUUUACGCCACUUGAAUUAACUUUUUCUGAGAAAAUCAUCAGGUAUUUCUAUUUAACUAGAAAGCAAGAAAAACACGUCCAAAUUAAUUUUCUGCCAGUGAAAAGCCAAUAUAUAUAUAUAUACAUAUAUAUAUGAUAUAUAUCCAGACUGAACUUCUUUUCGGUGAAGGAAGCCGUCUGUUUUUAAACACUAAAAUCUUAAAUCUUUUUAAGUCGUCACUGUGAAAUCACCUGAUUUUGCCUUACAUGAGUAUUCUACUGUUCUACUUAAGUGUCUGAUGUGACAACGUAUUUUCGUAACUUAUUGUAACAUUUUCUUGUAUUUGAGAGGAACUUAACUUUUGGUCAGUGAUAUUUGUGGUUAUGUUGUGUAAGGUUUGACAAAUCAAUGUACUGUAUUUUGUAUCGGUACAGUUUAUAGCCAAAUUGUUGAUGUUUUUUAAAGUGGGGCAAAAAAAAAAAAGAGUCAAAGGAUGGGUUUGAAGUGUUUGAGAAGGAGUGCAAUUAUGGGGAGGCUUUUUGCUCCUUGGCAGGGAAGCUCUAACAAAAACGCUAAUGGCCUCUGCCACAGAGGUCAUCAAUAACAAAAGUACCAUGCAAAGAAGAGGGUUGAAAGAUGUUAAUGGUCAAUUGUUGGAUAUUUAACAGUAUGGAAUGGUUGUUUUCAUAAGAUGCAAACUUGCAAUUUCAGAGAUUAUGAAUAUGAGGAUAUUUUUUAUUGCAGAACGUCUGUUUACUCCGAGGAGUAAACUGGAUGAAGUACAUAAAGGGUCUGUUUAAGAAAGAGUGUAUUUAUACAUGUAUUUAGUAUCGUAUGCAACUGUUCCAACAGCACUGAGGUCGGCCCCAUUCCAUUCAGUGUUACAAAACUACCGAAACAGUCACACAAACAAUCAGGGAUGUAGUAGACUCUAAAAAAAAAUUGUUUACUGAAAAAUGUUUACACAAGUUUCAUCUGAAAAAUGUACAUAUUGAUAUCAUCUCUGACUACAUCUACGACACAAUCUCCUCUGCCAAAAAAAUGUGUCAAACACAUUGUGUCAAAAAUUUCAAUCUGCCUUUGGCCUUUUGUCAGAGUUUCCCUGAGAGGUCUGUGUAGGUCUGUGGGAUCAUGUUUGGUAUAUUGUAAUGUUCAUGUACAGACGUGCUAAUCAUUUACUCACCUAAAGCGCUGUUGGGAAGAUUUUCCAACCUCCCCCCUCCCCGAAAAGGAAUCACGUUUGGUUACUACACACCUCCACAGUUGUACAAUUUGUUUCAGUUGAAGUGUUUAUUGUCUGCUGUAAUCCUCCAUCAAAGGUUUUGUUUGCCUUUAACAGAUCUGUGAUUCCUAUGCAAAUAAGUCAAGAAAAAAAAACAACCCUUAAAGGAAAAAUCCA